AUGGAGCCUCCUCAAUCCACCGCACCACCUCAGGUUCUCGACCACUACGUCGGAAUUGACGUCGGCACUGGGUCGGCCAGAGCAUGCAUCAUUGACGAGACCGGCGACAUCAAGGGCCUUGCCAGCGAGCCCAUCAAGCUGUGGCAGCCCGAGACCGGAUACUAUGAACAAUCGACAUCAGACAUCUGGGCGUGCAUCUGCCACUGCGUGAAGCAGGUCCUCAACGAAUCCAAGGUCGACCCCGACAAGAUCAAGGGUAUCGGCUUCGACGCCACCUGCUCUCUCGCCGUCUUCAGCCACGACACGGAUGAGCCCGUCGCCGUGACGGGGCCCGACUUUGACAACGCCGACGGUAACGACCGCAACGUCAUCCUGUGGCUCGACCACCGGCCUGUCGAGGAGACGGAGAAGAUCAACGCCACCGAGCACAACCUGCUCAAAUACGUCGGCGGCACCAUGAGCAUCGAGAUGGAGAUCCCCAAGGUCCUCUGGCUCAAGAACAACAUGCCCAAGGAGCUCUUUGACCGCUGCAAGUUCUACGAUCUCGCCGACGCCCUCACCCACAUGGCCACUGGCAACGAGACGCGGAGCUUCUGCAGCACCGUUUGCAAGCAGGGCUACGUCCCCGUCGGCGUCGACGGCAGCGUCAAGGGCUGGCAAGAGGAUUUCCUGACGACCAUUGGGCUCGAGGAUCUCGUCAAGGACGACUUUAAGCGUCUUGGUGGCGUCAACGGGGUGAACGGAAAAUACCAGAGCGCCGGAGAGCUUGUCGGCGUGCUCUGCAAGAAGGCCGCCGACGAGCUCGGGCUUCCCGAGGGCAUCGCCGUCGGUGGCGGUGUGAUUGACGCCUACGCCGGCUGGAUCGGUACGGUCGGAGCCAAGGUCGAGCUUCCCCCGGGCCACCUGGAGGCGGACCAGCCCAAGAACGAUCUCUCGCAGGCGUUCCACAGACUCGCGGCGGUUGCCGGUACCUCGACCUGCCACUUGGCCAUGUCCCGGGACGCCGUCUUCGUGCCCGGUGUCUGGGGCCCGUACCGCGACGUCCUGCUGCCCGAUUUCUGGAUGGCCGAGGGUGGCCAGUCUGCCACCGGCGAGCUUCUCCGACACAUUAUCGAAAUCCACCCCGCCUUCAUCGAAACGAACGCGCUUGCAACGGCCGAGUCGAAGAACAUUUACGAAUUCCUCAAUGCCCACCUGGAAUACAUGCGGGAGAAGAGCGGCGCGCCGUCGAUUUCAUACCUGGGACGCCACUUCUUCCUGUACGGCGACUUGUGGGGCAACCGAUCGCCCGUCGCCGACCCUAACAUGAAGGGCGCCGUCGUCGGCCUGAGCAGCGACAAGACCACGGACAACCUGGCGCUGUGGUACUACGGCACGAUGGAGUUCAUCGCUAUGCAGACGCGCCAGAUCGUCGAGGCGAUGAACACGGCCGGCCACGAGCUCAACACCAUCUUCAUGUCCGGCAGCCAGUGCCAGAACCCGCUGCUGAUGGACCUCAUGGCCAGCAUCUGCGAUAUGCCGGUGCUGGUGCCGCGCUACACCAACGCGGCGGUCGUCCAUGGCGCGGCCAUGCUGGGCGCCAAGGCGGCGACGGCGGCCGACGACGGCUCCACAGAGGAUCUGUGGUCCAUCAUGGACCGCAUGAGCAAGCCCGGCAAGCUUGUCAAGCCCGGCACGCUCAAAGGCGAGAAGUUCCUGUUCGACGCCAAGUACCAAGUAUUCCUGGAGCAGUGCAAGACACAGCAGGAGUACAGGAAGCAGGUUGAUGCCGCCGUGGAUCAAUGGCUUAAGAACUGA